AUGGUAACAACCACCAGUGAAAGAUUUACCGAAAAUCAUAAGGAUAGUGAUAAUGAGGAGAGUUCAGGUGAGAAAAAAGUAGAGAUUGAGAAAGUUCCACAAACACCACCCGAAAGGGAGGUUGUCAAAAAGGUAGAGAAGGAAGAGCUAUGUGUUGUCCCUCCUCCCUAUAAAUCACCAAUUCCUUUCCCACAAAGGUCUGUGGAAGUUAAGGUAGACCCCAAAUCCGAAAGAAAAGAGGAGCUAUCAGAAAAUAUCCACACCAAUGCACCUUUAUUUGCCACCCUGAACAAGAAGAGAGAAUUUGAAGCCCAUGAAAUUAGGGAACUAAUUAGUAUAAAAAGGGGCAAACCAGACUUUGAGGUGGUGUUUUCAAAAAUUGAACCUAAACCUGAAAAGCUAGCUCUCAGAAUAGAGCCAGAACCACCACCACAAACACCUCUAGGACCUUUCCCUGAGAAACAUACGGAUAUGGUAACAACCACCAGUGAAAGAUUUACCGAAAAUCAUAAGGAUAGUGAUAAUGAGGAGAGUUCAGGUGAGAAAAAAGUAGAGAUUGAGAAAGUUCCACAAACACCACCCGAAAGGGAGGUUGUCAAAAAGGUAGAGAAGGAAGAGCUAUGUGUUGUCCCUCCUCCCUAUAAAUCACCAAUUCCUUUCCCGCAAAGGUCUGUGGAAGUUAAGGUAGACCCCAAAUCCGAAAGAAAAGAGGAGCUAUCAGAAAAUAUCCACACCAAUGCACCUUUAUUUGCCACCCUGAACAAGAAGAGAGAAUUUGAAGCCCAUGAAAUUAGGGAACUAAUUAGUAUAAAAAGGGGCAAACCAGACUUUGAGGUGGUGUUUUCAAAAAUUGAACCUAAACCUGAAAAGCUAGCUCUCAGAAUAGAGCCAGAACCACCACCACAAUAUCUACUUGAAUUCAUCGAGCUACUGACUUUCAUCAUGCAACCAGUAGAUACCAUUUUCAGAGGCAGUGUUCAGAGAAGGCGGUAUGAUUAUCUAGCCCAGAAGGAUAUGGCACUGACCAUAUAUUAUGGACCGACCAUGGAUAAAUUAGGCAUCUGA